CGCUCGUCUCGAUCUUUUCAUGGCAAAAACGAUGCUUUUGCUGUGUCGGACGCUGACGGUCGAGGAUUUGUUGUACUUCUGUUAGAAAGAUCCACACGGCUCGGACGCCCGGCCAUCUCGGCGACCCUUUUUGUCAUUAUACUCCCAACGCAGCGCGCUCUGCUUCUCGCGCCUUCGCCUGCGACGUCCUCGUGAAACGACGGAAGGAGGACGAAGGGAUCCAUCGCUCUGCAGAAGACGAGAAUAAGAAAGACGCGACCUCUCCAUCUCUGUGUCUACGAUGGAGUCGGCCAGGAUUUCGACGAUCCUCUCUCUGUGUUCGUGCCUCAGGAAGCAAACGGGCGUCCUGGCUACUCCUCCGACCCUCUCGCUUGCCUCCCGAGACGCGAGAUCACUCCUCCUCCUUCAGAAACCCCGGGCCUCGAUCUCUGCGACUGCGAGCAGGAGAAACCUCUCGAUCGUCUCCGAGACGGGUCGGUCUCCGCCUCCUUCCGAGAAGAUUUCCGAACCCUUUUUUAGGAGUGUAUUAGCAGGCAUGGAGGGAGUUUACUUGAAUCGGAAUCCAUCAGCAAAAGCUAUUCUUGAACUUGUUCAUUCAUAUUCUGGUGACAACAUUUGUUAUGACCACUUUGCUUUUAGGACUUUUGGGGUAGAUGGCCACGGCAUUGAUUCUAUGGCAAGGUUGUUCCUUGAUUUUGGUUACAAACCCCGUGAGGAAUUGAAAUUUCCCGUAAAGAAGUUGAGAGCACUGUGGUUUUCUCCACCUGAUACAUCAGUUCGUCCUAACACUCAUGGAGUGGAGGGGCCAUUGCCAAGAAUCUUCAUUUCAGAGCUUCUUGUAGACGAGAUGAGUUCGGAGGCUCAGAAUAUAAUAAGAAAAUACACCAGUGCAUCCUCUUGUGGAAACAGAUAUGCAGCCACCGCAAGUUCCAUUGGGUCUUUGACAUGGGGGAAGCCCACAUAUGCUGACUAUCAACAACUAUCUAGGGAAAGUGAAUAUGCUGCAUGGACACUCGUCAAUGGCUAUGCACUCAAUCACGUCACAGUUUCUACUCAUCAACUUAAAUCAAGUAUUAGGGACAUUGCAAACCUCAACAAGUUCAUUGAAGAGAGUGGAUUCAAAUUAAACUCUGAGGGUGGCCUUCUAAAAGUGAGCCCCGAUGGGCUUCUGUUGCAAAGUUCUACAGUAGCAGAUUCGACAUCCUUCCAUUUUGCUGACAAUAUCAUGGAAUCUGUUCCAUGUUCAUACAUCGAAUUUGCAGAACGUCUGGUGCUUCCACAGUACAGCGACUUGCCUGAAGAUGAGAUCAAGGAGUUCCACCGGCGCGAUGGCUUUGAGGUCGGCAAUGCAGACAAGAUUUUUGAAAGCACGUCAAAGGGCCAGCUUAGUCGAAAAUCUGUAUAAAAGGCAACUGAUCUGUGAUUGAAAUGAAGCUGAAAAUUCCAACGACUUCGUAUAUUCUCCUUGAGAAAUAAAGACUUCAUGACAAACUAGCAAGAGAUGUUGCCGGAGCUAAGCUGAGUGUGUGCCCCCUCUCCGAUAUGCAAAAGUAAACCAAUUAUAUGAUCGUUGCCCCGACCGUGCCGUUUGAAACAGCAAGGAUCUUCAGAAGCAGCACAGGGGGUAUGCAGGAGAAGACUAGUUGCUCUCAGCAAUUUAGGAAUAAUUGAAAAGGCUAUGCUGUAUAGCAUAUCAAAAGACAUUACCGCACGCACUAGGGCAGUGCCAACUGCCAUUGCUAUAAAAACAGAUGUUUCCAGUGGAUUUCGAUGUUACAUGUUGGAUAUUGUUAUUCAAGUCAUCUCAGUUCUUCGAA